CAUCAAAAAACCUUGUUAAGUUAAACAGUGAGCCUGAAAAGCUUUCCCUUUCCCUUUCCCUUUCCCUUCCGCUUCAUUUUCUACGUUUUCCUCUCAAAAGCUCUAUUUUGAAGAGCUUGUGCGUCUUUGUUUUUUAAUUCAACCAUCGAAAGAAAACUUUCUUCUUCUUAGUGAAUACAAAAUUUCUAUUUUUUUUUGUUGUAAAAUGUCAAGAAAGAAUAAGUUUCUCUGCCCAUUUCAUUUCUGAAGCCCUAAUUUUCCUAGCUGCUCCAAUUCACGGAGAUAAAAACUCUUAUAGAAGCAAUACUUGAAGCUUUUCAUUGUCGUCGUUGUAGUAUUUGACGAUAGAUACAGAAGCUCUAAUCACAACACUAUUUUAAGGUGACAAAAUUGAUCUACGAUCAAUGUUUGUGAUUUCAAAAUUCAUAAAGAAAUUGAGUGAAGCUGAAAUUAUAUUGAAAGUAUUUGACAAUAAAUAGAAGCAUUGUGCAAUAGCAUUAGUUGAAGAAAAAAAGAUAGGGACGAAGUCGAUCUCUAGAUUGGAAGUGAGCUUGAAAAAGUGAAAAAAUUGAAGAGCUAAUUGCUUAAUGGCAAGAGUACAGGGAAUGUGCUUUGGUGUAUUAUCUUGUUUGAUUUUAUUAUAGAUGUAAUAUCUAAAAUGCGACUUGAUUGCUUAAAUCAUGGGGCAAUUUGAAAGAGUUGAAGAUGGAGAAAAUUAGGGCAAGCUUUUCAUGCGUUGGCUUAUGAGGAGGAAUGGGAAAGCUUUUAGCUGUUUAUUUUUAAGUGGGACCCACUGUUAAACUUAUUUUUUUUUUAUGGAUCUGUUAAUUUUUAGGGCAAAGGAUCAAAUUGAGCAUCUUUUAUAAUUCAUUAAGGAUCAUAUGAUUAAGGAUCAUUUUGGUCAUUUUCUCGUGCAAAUGAGGUAACCUAAUAUUUAAUAUAGCCUCUGUAGUCUUACCAAAAGAAUUUCGGGGAAAUCUUUCAUUACCCUACUUGUUGCUCAGAGACAUGGGGGACUUAAUAAGGAAGCUUGAACAAAGAGUGAAUGAACUUGAGAAGUUCUUGAAUACAAGUAUAAAGCAACCCAACACCUCAAAGAAUACUUCUUCAGGGAAACACAAAGGUAAGGAUAAACAUGUUCCUGGAUUUAAGAAGCUACAACAGGAAGCAUCACGCCGAGAGGCUGCUGCGGCUAAGAGGAUGCAGGAGCUUAUGCGUCAGUUUGGAACAAUAUUGCGCCAGAUCACUCAGCACAAAUGGGCUUGGCCUUUUAUGCAGCCAGUUGAUGUUGAAGGACUUGGGUUGCAUGACUAUUAUGAGAUUAUUGACAGGCCCAUGGACUUUAGCACAAUAAAGAACCAAAUGGAGGCCACGGAUGGUGCCGGGUAUAAGCAUGUCAGAGAGAUUUGUGCUGAUGUUAGGCUGGUGUUCAAGAAUGCAAUGAAGUACAAUGAUGACAAGAGUGAUGUUCAUCUGAUGGCGAAAACAUUACUGGAAAAAUUUGAGGAGAAAUGGUUACAACUUCUGCCAAAAGUUAAUGAGGAGGAAAAAAGACGAGAAGAGGAGGAGGCAGAAGCCCAGCUGAAUAUGCAGCUUGCUCAGGAGUCUGCUCAUGCCAAACUAGCCAGGGAUCUGUGUAACGAGCUUUAUGAAGUUGAUACACACGUGGAGGAACUCAGAGAGAUGGUGGUCAGAAGAUGCAGUAAUUUUUUGAUAAAUUCAUUCCUCAUUGAUUUCGAGACCACACAAUCUUGGCCAGCCUAUUAUGUGUGUCCAAGCCCAAGGAAAAUAUCAAUAGAGGAGAAGAUAAAUCUAGGGAUAGCUCUCACGAAGUUAUCUCCUGACGAUCUUAGUAAGGCACUGGAGAUAGUAGCACAAAGUAACCCACUAUUUCCAGCUUCAGCAGAAGAGGUGGAACUUGACAUUGAUGCUCAGAGCGAAUUGACAUUGUGGAGGCUAAAAUUCUUCGUCAAGGAUGCAUUAGAAGUUCAGGGUAAGAGUUCAAGCAAAGGUGACAACAGUAAAUCAGCUAAUGUUGCUGCUACUAAUCCUAAUAUUAGUGCUGCCUCCAAAAGAAAAAGGGAGAUUUGUGAUGCACUUGUGAAGAAUGCCAAGAAACGAAAUAAAAAUCCCUCUAAAUGAAUUUGCUUAUGAAACGGGCUGCAGCAUUGGUGUGCAGUUUGUGUCUAUCAUCAUCAGAAGAAAAGGUUUAUUUGUCUUAUCGCAUUCAUUCUCAAAUGAAAGAAUGAAUGAGACAUUUGAAACUAAAAGUUGACUAUUUUUCAAGCACUGUAGGAGGAAAGGAAAUGAUGUUGGUGUUUGAUAUUUCUGUGUAUAUGUAAGUUUCAUUCUUUUCUUAUGCUCUGACUUCUGUUAUUAUCUCUCUAUUACUUUUUGUACUUUGAUUACUCUAUUGUAUCUGUGUCGCUUUCGUUA